ACUGACAUUUCAUUUUGUUUUGCACCGCGACGCGACUACCGCUUGUUAUCGUUUGGCUAGAAUUUUUUCUCCGCGGUGCUUCGGUAGUUCUGUUGAAUAAAUUACUUUGAAAUCCCGUCGAGAAGUUGUUUCUAGUGCUUGCUGAAAAAUGCCAAAAGUGCGCCGCAGCCGAAAACAGCCACCGGAAGGAUGGGAACUGAUCGAGCCCACAUUGGAGGAGCUGGAGCAAAAGAUGCGAGAAGCCGAAACGGAGCCUCACGAGGGAAAACGAAUCACCGAGUCGCUGUGGCCCAUUUUCAAGAUUCAUCAUCAAAAAUCCCGCUACAUCUACGACCUAUUCUACCGGCGGAAAGCUAUCAGCCGGGAGUUGUACGAAUAUUGUCUCAAGGAGAAGAUUGCCGAUGGAAACUUGAUAGCCAAAUGGAAAAAGUCCGGCUACGAAAACCUGUGCUGCCUGCGGUGUAUUCAAACCAGGGACACCAACUUCGGGACGAAUUGCAUUUGCCGGGUACCGAAGUCGAAGUUGGAGGAAGGUCGGGUGGUAGAGUGCGUACACUGCGGCUGCCGGGGUUGCUCCGGAUAAAUGCUGGGUGAGAAACGGUUUUUUUUUUUUAGGUAGAUCAAGGGGACAUACUUUUGGGAAUGUAAUUUCUGAUUGUGAAAUAAAUAUUAAAACGUA